CUAAUGAUCCUAGAGGAAUGGCGGCUAUUCGUGCUGGAAUGAAGCUUUGGACAGACUCAACUUGUGUUCGAUUCAAGCCACGAACAAACGAGAGAAACUAUGCUCAUUUUUACAUUGGAGGAGGUUGUUCUUCGUAUGUCGGUCCAGUUGGCGGAAGACAAAUGAUUUCUUUGGCAAGAGGAUGCUGGCAGCAAAGUAUUGUUUCUCAUGAGAUUGGUCAUUGUCUUGGGUUCUACCAUGAACAGUCCCGUCCUGACAGAGAUAAUUACGUCGAAAUUAUUUGGGCAAAUAUCCCUCAAGGUACUACAGCACCAGUAACACCAGGGCCUGUCACUCCGGCGCCACCAACUCCAAGACCACCAACCUGUGUUGACAAGGAUAAUAGAUGCACAUAUUGGACUUCGUACUGCAACUCCAAUAACUACGUAAAGACAAACUGCUUGAGGACAUGUGGAAGAUGUGGAGGUGGCU